CGCAUUUUUUUCAAAUUGCAGUCUCUUCAUCCUGCGUACAGUCUACGCAACGGGCCAGUGACACAGGGAUGCUACUAACCAACAAGUGUGCUUCGUUCACUCAGACACUGUAGACAUGGGUGUGCAGGGACGGAUAUGCUGGGCGGUGGUGGUGUUGACGUUGUGCAUGGGGGCCGAUGUCGUAGCCGUGACGUUUGAAAACAAUGGGUACGAUUUACUGGUGGCCAUCCACAGAAAUGUUACACAGGAUCCGCGGAUGAUAACACAGCUACAGAGCAUGUUUACCUCUGCCUCGGACUACCUGUACACUACAACCCGGAAGUUCACCUACAUUAGACGUGUGACCAUCUUAGUACCAGACACGUGGACCAAAGAUCCAAGCUGGAAAGACGAAGGGGAGAUAACCUUUACUGAUGCAGAUGUCAGAGUGGAUUCGUCUCACUCUCUACAGUUCCUCUUUGCACUCCUGCCUCGGCAAUACUCCUACACGUUCCAACCAGGGCAGUGUGGGCAGCCAGGACGCUAUAUCCUUCUGACACCCGACUAUGUGCUGGACAAGAGA